CUGACCCACAGCGCUCGUUACAAAGUCUGUCAAAGUUCUUGUGCUGAUAGAUCUCCCACAAUGGCUGGUGUGUUCGACAACCCCGUCUUCUCCUACUUCGCGUUCUAUGCCACUGUGGUUGUUAUAAAAACCAUGGCACUGAGCUUCGUCACUUCAUUUCACAGAAGAUCUACAGGGGUUUUUGCAAAUCCCGAGGACGCCGCAACUUCCCCUGGUCAAGGGAAAGUAGCAAUAAACGAAUCGGUUGAGAGGGUCCGCAGAUGCCACCUGAAUGACCUUGAGAAUGUCAUCCCCUUCGUUCUGAUUGGUCUUCUGUAUACAGCGUCUGGUCCAAGCCUCGGCUCCGCCCUCCUCCACUUCCGCAUUUUCACAGGUGCCCGGAUCUUCCACACCAUAGCCUAUCUCUUCGCCCUGCCACAACCAUCACGAGGCCUUGCUUUCUUUGUUGGAUUCCUUGCCACAGUAUCCAUGGCUUACAACGUCCUGUCUGCUGCUAAAUAUUAGCACCCUGUUAAGCUCUCAUACUGUAGGACAUAAGUCUUUGUAAGAUGGUGCGAAAUUUCAGCACAACUGAUUCUCAUAUAGACAAACAGAGAUCUAAAAUAGACAAAAGGCGCCAGCUGUAAGGCAUGUGACAGAAAGUGGACACCAUGCAGGAAAUACAAGAUAAAGAACUCAUGACAAAUCAUUUGCUGACAUGCUUUCAACAAAUAUAACAGUACAUGGACUAAUGUUUCAUCAUAAUCUUCAAAUUGUUUUAGAAACUCUUUUGCAGUACUAAAUAGUGCUUUACUGUUUUCGAACUUGCAAAAUGUUCGUCUGUUCAAUAUUAUAUUGGUUGCGAUUAUGACGAGAGAAGGACCAACUAUUCGAUACAAUGAAAAACUCGUUCACUGCAUGUCCUGGGGAAAAUGUGCUCUACAUUAAGAGGAGCACUUGUGAUUUGUCAGGUGCUUGCAAAUGUUUUAUGUAUAAUCACUUUAGCUACUUUUUCUUUUUAUUAGAUGAUGCAAGAGAUGUAAUCUUUGUUGGCUUUAUUAAACGUUUAAAUUAUA